AAAGAAGCGAAAGUUUUAAGUUUUCAAGUUGUUCACGGUAAAUUUUAAACAUUAAUGAAUGAAAUGGACAAUUUGUGGCCGCCAUUUUAAGGCACAAGCAAGUUUGAUGUGCGGUUGGAACUUCCCCCAGAAGAGGCUGGGGACACACUGUGUGUCAAACAUCUAAUGGACGAGGUGUACAGACGGACGGAUAUACCCCCUGAUGCUCAGCGACUUAUUUACAAAGGGAGAUCUUUGAAGGAUGGAGAUGAAGAGCUCAAUAAAGUUGGAAUCAAAAAAGGCGUUAAAGUGAUGCUGAUUGGGAAAAAGCCAAGUCCUGUGGAUGAUGAGAACACGCGAGAAAUGAAAUCGGUGGAAGAAACGUAUGAAAAAGAGGCAAAGAAACUUGGCGACAUCACUUAUGAGCUGGAUGGAAUACACAGGGGCUAUUUAGACAAGGAGAAACGAUCUGACGCCACGAAAGCCUUGGAGAAAAGGCUAGCCAGUGUUGCCGAGAGUCUAAUGAGGCUGCUUGAGAAAUUGGACGCCCUACGAUUUGAGGAGACGAACAAGGGUGCAAGAGGGAAGAGGAAGUCUCUGGUGGAUAAAAUACAGGUUUUGCUGAACAGAGUGGAUGGUUUAAGCCGUGGAGUAAGUGAUAUGUUGGCACGCUGGAAUGCACUGUGAUAGCCCUCCCUUGCGUAACUGCACCGUGAUAGUUUGUGAUAUAACUCUCCACAUACAUGUAGCUGCACUGUCUAGUUUGUAAUAUAACUCACCACUUAGUUACACCAUCUAGUUUGUGAUAUAACUCGCCACUUAGUUACACCGUCCAGUUUGUGAUAUAACUCACCACUUAGUUACACCGUCUAGUUUGUGAUAUAACUCACCACUUAGUUACACCGUCUAGUUUGUGAUAUAACUCUCCAUUUAGUUACACUGUCUAGUUUGUAAUAUAACUCACCACUUAGUUACACCGUCUAGUUUGUGAUAUAACUCUCCACAUAGUUACACCGUCUAGUUUGUGAUAAACUUGUCAUAUAGUUUUACCGUCCAUUUUGUGAUAUAACUCUUCACAUAGUUACACUGUCUAGUUUGUGAUAUAACUCGCCACUUAGUUACACCGUCUAGUUUUUUUUAUAACUCUCCACUUAGUUACCACGUCUUGUUUGUGAUAUAACUUGCCACAAAGUUACACCGUUUAGUUUGUGAUAUAGCUCUCCACAUAGUUACACGUCUAAGUUGUGAUAAUUCUCUCCACUUAGCUACACUGUCUAGAUUCGGAUAUAUAUUCUAUUGUAGCUGUUAAUGUUGAGUUUGUGAUAUAGCUUUCAAUAUACAUGUAGCAGCAUAUUUAAUUUCUUCCCAGUUACAAAUUCAUCCAUGUCCAUUUUGUCAUACUCACUUUUCUGUUUUUCAAUGAUUGAAUAUACUGUAUUUGGUGAUUUUAAAAAGUUCUAACCAAAUAAAAUUGCCCUUUGAUUGUGAUUUUAAAAGGUUUACUUGAAGACAAAGAACAGUUUGAGUAGACCAAAAUGAACAAGACUGAAUUUUUAACUGGGUCAAAUUGAGCUAAUACCUUUUAGUUUGUAAUAAAAUCAUACCACUUAGAUUGUGAUAGAACCUUUCACACACUUGCAUGUUAUUAUAAUAUGUACCGUAAAUAUCCUAUUAGACGUGCCCAAUGCGUGUCUCUUUAUGAACCUAAAUGAGAAUUUUUUUCACUCAUUCAGCAGACUUCUUAAAUAAUGCCUAAUUGGAUAAUCAGUUAUGUAUAGAGUUAUAAAUAUCAAAUACUGACUAGGGUUGUCACAAUUACCCAUCACCAGGAUGGUUAUAAAGUUGAGUUGAAAGCUCACGCCUGACCAAUCAGCGGUCAGUAUCAGCUGCAGUGUAGUUGUAUACAACGCUGUUUUGUAAUUUAUAAAAUGGCCCACUGAACACUGGGCAUCCUUAUUUACAAUAUUGAUGUGAAAAAGUUUAAACGUAAACUUUGCACAAUGUUUUGCAUUAAUGAGGUAUGUUUUGCUCUGUUAUCAACCUAGUUGGUGUGUAACCUAAAUUAUUUGCAAGGGUAUGGGUUUAUAUGCAUGACAUUAGCAGCCUAGGCAGGUGGACUUUAAACAAUUGGCGACCGGUGUAAUGCUUCUCAUGGAAAAAAAAGAGCAUUUAAUGAAGUUUCGAGUUAAGUUUUAAUUAUUCUUUUAGUUGCAGAAUCUGAAAAUUGACCCAUGAAAAGUCCUCCCGCAAGUCUAUUAAGCCAUUCGCGUCUAAUAGGAUAUUUAGGUUACUUUAUAAUAUUACCAAUCAGCACAACUCCUUUCUGUGGUAUAGCUCACCUGUACAGCAUUAUAUGAUAGUACCGGUAUUUACAUGUAUACAGGGCUCUAGUUUUCAACAAGUUGCAAGAAUUCAUUUAAGGAAAAUAAGUUCAAGAAUAACUAUUGUAUAAAAACUUUUUAAUUUUCAAAUUGUUCUUGAUUGACAACAAAUAGUUUUAAUUUUCAGUGGUGGUAUCUGAAAGAUUUUUUUGAAUGAUAAUACUUUGUAAUUUAUAUAAUUUAUACAAAGCAAACCUUGUGACUUUUAAAUGAUCGCAAGGCAAAUAUUUUGUAAACUUGUUGAUCACUUAAGUCCAUUGUAAAUACAUGUACAUUAUGUACAACCUAUAUUUGGUUACUCUUUGUGUUUUACCCAAUGCAGAUUCUUUCAUGCACUCAAUGUAGCUACUAGGUGUAAAAAUAGAUUGUAUCAUUUGUUUCUAUAUAUACUCAGAAAAAGAGCUUUGUUUUCUUUAUGUAAUGUUUUGUUCAAGGUUUUGUUUAGACAGUCACUUUUAUUAUUAUAAGUGUUUUUCAACUUUAUGGAAAGUGAAAUAUUAUAUAUGGUGAAUUUUAUUAACAACUGACAUAAUAUAAAGCUGCACAAUAUAGGUUCAUGCCAUUUUUUUUUGUUAAUUUUAAUUCAAUAUUAUGCUUAACUCAUUUGACAUUAAUAAUCAAAACAAAAAAAGUAAAUGAAUUAUGUACAGAUAAAAAAUAUAAGUGAUUUUUUGGCGCUUUUUUAAUUUGUGGAUGCUUAGCUAUUAAUUGAGAAUUUUUUUUUUAAUUAUAAUGCAUUUUUUUUAUCUGUACCUUAAAUCAUUUGCUUUUUUUGUGAUCACAAAUCUGAUUACAUACUUGUGUAUGAAACUUUCAGAGUAAUUAAGUUGUAAAAGUUACCAACGAUUCUGUUAACAACUUUGUUGACUUCAAGUACAACAAUGUUCUGAACAAUCUGCCCAUGGUCUGUUUUGUUUGUAUGAUGUUGAUGACUUAGUUACAUUUCCAGCAUUUAUUUCAGAUGUUGUUAAAAUAACUUUAUUGCUUUAAAACACAUAUUUAUUUAAAUUUUAUAUCCUACAAAAAAGUGCAAAAUUGUGAUUUUCAGCCUUCUCCCGAUGCAAAACUCUCAAAUUCCUGACGAAACAUUGAGGAUAGAAGAACACUCUAUUUCUAUUCAGUUGCUUGUGCAAACGUUCCAUUGCGAAUAGUUCUAAAAUAUCAUGACCUUCCUGAUGUCAAGGUCAAUAUUGCACGUCAUGAAAGAUGAAAGUUGGUGUCAUGCUUCGCAAAUUAUUUGAUGAAAUUUAAGCACGUUCCUUUGUAUUCAUAUUGAUGGAAUGAUGUGUACAUGUUUCAAAUACUUUUAUCGCAUAAUUGUUUCUAUAGUUAAGGGAUAAAAUGCAUGUUCAUAUAUUGAUCCAAAGUAUUACAAAAGUUCACGUAUAUUUUAUCAUCACCUCUCAUAGUUGGACUGAAAAGUAUAUCAUGUAUUAUUUUGACCUUAGUAAUCAAUUUGACAAUGUUGCAGUUUAAGGGUUAAAUAUACACUAGUUUGUGCUUUUUUAGGUUUAUUAGCAGUAAAUCAACAAAAUAAUUCAUAGGUUUGAGUUUUUGCUGAAUCUGUCUCAAAAGGUUGUUUAAAAGGCAUUUAUUAGUGUGUAUAUGAAGGUUUUUCCAUAUAUUAUUAUACAGGGUUGCCAAUUUUCCUCUUUUCAGCUGAUUUCCUCAUAUUUUGCCGCAAAACUUUUUUUAUUUUUUAAUUAUUUUUGUUGGCCUUUUAUUUGAUCUAUACAAAAAAUGUUUGUUUUUUUGUAUAAAGCGUGAUGGGGAUACCCAUAUUAUGUACUUGUUUCCUCUUUUUUUUUACAAAUUAACAUUGGCAUACCUGUAUAUAUUGGAACUUGAUAUCACUCUGUGUGCAUUUAUAUGUUGUUAUUUUGUUAAAUAAAUGUUAAGAUUG